UCUGGCAGAAAUUUGGAAAAUGGAUGCAACAGGCAAGGACAUGACGUCAUCAGAUGCGGGCGGCAAAACUGAGACAAAGUCAGAGCGGGACUCUGAGAAAGGAGGCUGUUGUCUGCUGGCCGACAGAAUCCCGGCUCGGUACGUCUUGGCAGCCUUGUUUUUCGUUGGCCACAUCGCAAUGAAAAUGUCCAGGGACGGAUUCGCUUUAGCCGUUGUUGUCAUGGUGAACAGUUCAUCAAGAGUGACACCUGUCAAUCAAACUGACACCUACCAGCUCUGUCCGAGCAGUGGAUCAGGAAAUACAUCCGCUCAGAACGAUCAAGGGGAACUGGACUGGAGUGAGAGCCUGAAGGGAGUCAUACUUGGUGCCUUCUUUUAUGGCUACAUCUUCACACAGGUGGUAGGAGGUGUUUUGGAGCAGAAGUUUGGCGGCAAGAUUGUGUACGGGACGAGCAUGUUGGUUGGAUCGGUCCUGAACGCUCUCAGUCCCGUAGCAUCACGGACGAGUCCUUGGGCGAUCUUCGCGGUCAGAUUCUGCAUGGGGCUGGUGGGGGGAGCUCUGUUCCCUUCCCUGUACGGAAUCUGGGGCCGAUGGGCUCCUCCUACUGAAAGGACAAAACUGCUGGCAAUUAGCUACUUAGGGAUAUCCCUUGGUAACAUCAUCAACUACCCACUGUCGUCCUUCCUAGCUGCCGAGUUGGGCUGGGAGUAUAUCUUCUAUAUUCCGGGAGCUUCCGUAGCAGCCUGGCUGGUGGCAUGGUUUCUUCUGGCUUACGACUCGCCUGCAAAACAUCCACGGAUCCUGGAGGAAGAACAGAAGUACAUCGAAGAUGGUAUCGGGACAAAGGGACGACAGAAACCAACAGUUCCUUGGCUGAAAAUACUCACAUCGCCUCCAGUUUGGGCACUCGUCAUUGGACAGUUCAGCUCGAACUGGGGAGUCUUCUUUCUGACUACCCAACUGCCGAACUACAUGCAGAAUGUGUUGGGAUUCAACAUCAAAACCAACGGCUUGCUGUCUGCUCUUCCUUUUGUCAUUGCCAUGGUCUCCAUGUCGGCGUCAAGUGCUGCAGCUGACCGCUUGAUUCAAAUCGGGAAAAUCCCUAAAGUGUGGAUAAGAAGGGGACUCGUUAUUACAGGGUAUACCGGUAUGGUGAUCUGCGGAGUGAUCCUGGCGAACCUGACUGGAUGUGACCCUGUCUCUGCUGUCGCCUUGCUGUGUAUCACACAGGGUUUCAACAGCCUGACUGUGGCAGGAUUCCGGGCCGUCCAUGUUGAGUUCGCGCCAAGGUUCAGCGGAGUGACCUUCGCUCUGGCCAACACGGGAGGAACAGUCGCUGGCAUCUUCGCCCCGCUGUUGGUCGGACUUGUCACAGAUAAUUAUCCAACCACUGCUGCCUGGUCCGCAAUCUUCUAUAUAGGAGCGGCCAUUCAGGGCGUGGGAGGGAUUUUCACCGCGGUGUUCAUGCGCACUGACGUCCAGCCCUGGGCUCGAGUUGUGGGCGACAAAAACUCCUUUGAUAAGAAUGUCGAGCUGGCCGGCUCGAAGGACCUCGUCAUCGCGAAUGAACACGCCGAGAUGCCGACGAAGGUUGUGGAGAUGCCUAGCACGAAAUUAUGAGAAGUCUUACCGUGAUUUUGCAUACUGAGGGGCAAUCAAAUGAAGACGUUGUGUUGGAUAAAAUUAGGAUCAGAUGGUGAUUUUAUGUUCUAUAACUGCCAAUGCUGUACGCUGACUAUUACAAAAUACUUAACAUUUAGAAUGCCAACAACAUUACACGACUGCGACACAGAAAUAAAG